UGAAACCUUCUAUCAAUUAAACACCACUGUUCUGUUUAAAAGUUAAAACCAUAUUCAUACCUAGCUGUAGUUCGCUAGUAAACGUUAAAUAUAAAAAUUUAAGAUACAUCAGAGAAUCGAAUAAGGCACAACCAGAAAAGAAUGGCUAGAAUUGUGGAAAAAAUUCUGGCCAUAAAAUUUACGACCUCCCCAUAAUUGUGUUCCUUUGUCAAUUCGAAUUUCUAUGAAUUUGUAUACCCGUCUCCUACUUCACUCCCAAAUAGGUUCAAUUCUAUGCCCUAGUUCUCACCAGGUCAAGAUUUUUGAAAGAUUUCAAAGGCUUUUUCUUGUUUGAACAUUGAACAGGUUUAAAUUUUUUAUUUUUUUUAAUUUUCCAACAAGAAUAUUGUAAACUUUUUCAAAGUCUUUGGACCACGUAACAAACCUUUUGUUUGAUACUGAGAAAGAAGGUAAAUGCAAACAUUACCACUAUGUUACUAAAUUCUUCACCCUUAGAACUUAAAAAAGUAUACACGUGAAUUAGAGGUCCAACGCAUCUUUCAUGAGUUCUUUUAUCUUUUUUGGUUUUCGUCGUCACCCAGAGUUGACAAUUCAAAACUGCUGCAAAGAUUUCCAUAACAAAUUAUGAGUGCUUAGAGAUUUUUAAUUGAUCAAGGAGUUAGGUCUUUCUAGUGCUGGUCAUUUGUCAAUAAGGAAAGAUGAGUAUGAAACUCCCCUCAGUGGAGUCUCUGGCCGUGAUGUACAAACCAUGUUUCAGAUGGGUACCCCACCCUGCACUCAUUCUGCUUGUUUUCACAAGUCUUCCAUAUUCAAUUUCCAAGUCAACUACCAUGUCAAACAAAGUGACUACAUAUUAUAUAUUGAAGAAAGGAGAAAAGAAAUGAUACAAACACUCCGUUUCAAUUUAGAGUAAUAGUCUAAUAUACUCUUGCUGGUGAUAAUUGGUUUUGCUUGUGAACCAGAAAUUUUUCGAUGGCUUCUGUCCCUCUGUUUGUAUUCUUUCUUCUCUCACAACUUGUGUUGCUUCACUCAGCCGAUGGGAAUAGGAAGCACCGAAAUUGUGCAUCCUCUCAUUGUGAAAAAUUCGGCAGCCUCAGCUUCCCAUUCACCAAUAGCACAAACUCAUAUUGUGGUUUAUGCCCAGUAGAUUGUGACGAAACAACUCCGAUGAUCCAACUGGGGAGAGAUGGAAGAUCAUAUGAUGUCAUAAACAUCUCUCAGUCUAACACCAGUUAUGCCACCAUACGUGUCAAGGAUCAAGUGCUUCAGGAGCACUUAAAAUUCCGUAGAUGCAAAUUGUUAAAAACUUUAACUUUUCCCAACUCUAGCUCUAUCUCUUUUGAAGUCACCAGUCCCAAUCAGACUCUGUUCAAAUGCAAACACACUCUCAAUCUUACUUGCCCUAGAAAUUUUAAAAAUACAAGCUGCAAUGACUAUAAUAUCUACUAUAGUCAUUCCAAUCAUACUUCUCCAAGUUUUCCUCCUGAAUGUUCAAUUAUUCAGCUCCCAAAAAAUGAGACUUCACCUGCUGAUGCUGACCUAUAUGCACUCUUGACUGCUGAUUUCAACCUUGAAGUGCAUGUGUCUCGUGAUUGUAUUAGCUGUUAUAAUAGAGGAGGUCGAUGUGAGCAACACGAUGAGGGAAAAUUUCAUUGUCAUUUGAAAGGGAAUAACAAAAGGAAAGGACUGAUAGCAUUAGCUUUAGGUAUUGGAUGCCAAGCAAUCAUAAUUUGCUUGCUCUUUGUUAUGUGGCAUCAUUACAAGAAAAAACAUGCUUCUUCAGAAUUGCUGCGAAGGAAUACCUAUUCUGGUACAUUCUCAAAAUCAGACCUGGAAGUGGGGAGUAUCUACUUUGGAGUCCCUGUCUUCUCCUACAGUGAACUUGAAGAAGCCACCAAUAAUUUUGAUCUUGAAAAAGAACUGGGAGAUGGAGGGUUUGGGACUGUCUAUCACGGCAAACUACAUGAUGGGAGGGAAGUUGCAGUCAAGCGCCUAUAUGAGCACAACUACAGACGAGUAGAACAAUUCAUGAAUGAAGUAAAGAUCCUAACACGCUUGCACCACAAAAAUCUUGUUUCCCUUUAUGGGUGUACUUCAUGUCACAGCCGUGAACUUCUUCUUGUGUAUGAAUACAUUCCCAAUGGCACUGUUGCUGAUCAUAUUCAUGGCCAUCGAGCUACACCAGGUUCACUCACAUGGCCAACUCGUAUGAGCAUUGCCAUAGAAACAGCUAGUGCAUUGGCUUACCUCCAUGCUUCUGACAUCAUACAUCGUGACAUAAAGACUAACAACAUUCUCCUUGAUGACAAUUUCUGUGUCAAAGUUGCAGAUUUUGGGCUUUCUCGAUUGUUCCCCAAUGAUGUCACCCAUGUCUCAACAGCUCCUCAAGGGACUCCGGGUUACAUGGACCCAGAAUAUCACCAAUGCUAUCAGCUUACUAGUAAAAGUGAUGUUUACAGCUUUGGAGUUGUCCUCAUUGAGCUCAUAUCAUCUCUGCCGGCUGUAGAUUUGGCUAGGCAUAGGCUAGAAAUUAAUUUGGCUAACUUAGCCAUUAACAAGAUUGAAAAGUGUGCAUUCCAUGAGCUGGUCGAUCCACAUCUUGGAUUUGAGUCAGAUAAUGAAGUUAAAAGGAUGACAAUUUUGAUUUCAAAGUUGGCUUUUCAAUGUAUACAACAGGACAAGGAAAUGCGACCUUCCAUGUAUGAGGUUUUUGAGGCUUUAAAGAAGAUUCAAAGUGGUGAGGAUGCACUGGAUGUUCAAGAAAAUGCAUAUAUUGAUGCUGAGAUCUUAGAUGUUCAGCAGCCAACUUCACUAGAUUGUUAUGAGGUUGGAUUGUUGAAGAAUAAGCAGCUGCCACCUUCACCAUAUGCUGUGACCGAUAAUUGGACUCUUAGGUCUACUACGCUUAAUGUCAGUGGUUUAAUUUCUUCUCCAUGGUGUUAACUUUUCAAGAGAUGAUAAGAUUAUGUUGGCACUCAAAAUCACUUGAACAUGUGUGAGUUGAAAUUUCAUUUUCUUCCCA